CUGACACUGCAGCCUGUGGUGGUGGAUCAGGUAGCAUGUGAGAACAACACAGACAGCCUGGCUCGCUCUUCCUCCUCUUACUCUUCCCGUAUUCUCAUCGGACAGGCGCUUGUAAAGACUAUUAGACUGCAGGAGACUCACUCGCAGGCUUCCUCGCACACUAGCUGAACAGCCGGCACCACUGGCUGGUGAGAAGGUUAGGAUUUCCCCGACAGAGCUGGAAGGAAGGAGAAAAUAAAAGAAGACUGGAAGUUUAAAACACCAAGAAGCAAGAACAAGAAGAGGGUCAUGCAUCGGUAGAGUGUGACAAGCCUAACUGAGCUGAUCUGCUUUGAGGACAAUCUAACCGCUCAGUGUGUCCUGCUUGGUCCAAGAUGGAGCUCAAAGUGUGGGUGGAUGGAGUGGUGCGCGUGGUCUGCGGCCUGUCUCAAGAAACUUCCUGCCAAGAUGUCGUCAUUGCUUUGGCACAGGCCAUUGGUCAGACUGGUCGAUAUGUUCUUAUUCAACGUUUGAGGGACACUGAAAGGCAGCUUUUGGCUACAGAGAGACCCCUGGAGUCUUUGGCCAAGUUGGGCCAACAUGGCAACGAGGUUCAGUUCUUCCUGCGGCGUACUGGCCCUAGCAGCAGUGAUGGUCCUAGUUCAAAACAAGAAAGACAGUCUCCUCUUCAACUGCCCAAACAUCCUGAGCCAGAGCCCCUGAAACGUAACCAACCUAAGAAAGCACUAACGUUUAACUUGGGGCCAUCCACUUCCCCAAAGACCAAACCCAAACAAUUUCAGAGGUCUCCAAAGGACUCAUCAGAGCAAAGGGUCUCACCAUCCCCCUCAUCUAGUCCUGUAUCUCCACAUUCUCCCUCACCUCCUAUUGGGCCUACUAAGGAGGAAGUGUUUAAAAAGAUCCUUCAACAACAAGAGAGACUGAGAGCCAUAGAGGGCCAGCUUGAGGUCCUAGAGAAGGAGUCACCAUAUCGUCCAUAUCCUUCUCCAAGCCCCUCACCAGUAUCAGAAUCUCAACUGCAAGAAGAGAUUGAUGCUUUGGAGCAAACAAUGCGAAGGAACCAUGCUGAGCUCACCCACGAGCAGUACUGGGAUGAGGAACUUCAGGUGGAGGUGGACAAAGAGCGAGAAAUGAGAAGGAAGCUGACGGACCUGCACGCUAAGCUGGACGACUGUGGGCGGCGGCUGCAUGACUUCUCUGUACGCUCUGCCCAGCUGGAGCAAGAGAUCCAGAGGGAGAGCCAGGCAGCAAGCAAAGCCAGCGGGGCCAAGGAGUCACUUGAUGCUGUGAAGACAGAGCUAUGGAUCCAGGAGAGGAAAGGGAUCGACUUUGAGGAGCAGGUGUCAGAAGGUGACAAGGCCCUGGAGAAGGCAGAGUCUCUGCUGCAGGCUAAGCAGAAUGAGCUGGAGGAUCUGAAUAAGGAGCUGAGGCAGUGUAAUCUGCAGCAGUUUAUCCAGCAGACAGGCGUCGUGCCGGCUCAUACCCACUCACGCACAGAGCUGCAGGAACAGCUUGAACAGCUGGAACUGGCAGCAGGUCGCAGUGCGACUCCCGUGGAAUUUCCAUCUCGUCCGACGGCCAAGCAGUUUCUAGGACAUCCGCGGAACCUGCAAAACCCUCUAGUGUCCAGUCUCAACCCUGAGGUCCUGACAUCCCGAGAGUCGUCAUGGAGAUAAAACACGGACAGCAGGGCCAAGGGAAAGUUGUUCACUUUUCUGUCACCGUCACCUUUUGUUUAACCCCUUUUGCUUCCUAACAUUUCCAUUCAUUAUUAAUUUACCUUACAAGUACUUUAUAUAAAUAAGAAAGAUAUAUUUACAACAUUUUGCUACUGUAAACAUUUCAAGGUAUCUGUAUGAAAUGUAAAAUAAUUUAGGAACCUUUGACCAAUAGAGAUUAUUACUAUGAAUGUGUAUUUAAAUAAUAAAAUGUGAAUCAUGUUUUAGAUA